GGCGGCUCAGCAUUUGAGGAACCGACAGAGGCAGUAGGAGAAGAGAAGCAGUAGGGAGACUUGGAUGUGACAAACACAGGGAAGGUGUUACUCUACUCUCUCAGCAACAAGUGUAUUUUUAGCCUCCUGCUCUGACCUUCUUCUCCACUUUUCUCUAGGGCCGGAAUGGCCAGAAUGCUUUGGGGAGCGGUGGUGGUGUUACUGCCACUCUUGGGAUUCUGUCAAUUUGUCCUGCCACCCGAGUGGGUGCCAGGGACCUUCCCUGCCACAGAGGCCGGGGCCGAAGACUUUGUCACUGCCUACAAUACCACCGCUGAGCUGGUUACCUACCAAAACCAAGAGGCCAGCUGGACAUACCAGACCAACAUUACGGCCCACAACUCCAACAAAAAGGUAGGACCCCCUCCCCCACUCAGCACACAGAGGUGUUUGAAUGAAAGUUUGACAAUUGUUUAAUUACUUAGUUGUUGGCCUCUUCAGUUCAAUGCUAACCACAAUGUACAAGUUAGUUGUGGGUAAAUGUGAGAGAGCUAACUGUGCUUCCUCACUAGUCCCAUUUCACAGUAUACAUGUUGAUAUAAUUGUUUGGUCACCUCACCAAACAUUCAUUUUCGUUGAGUGUGUUAGCUAUGUAAUCUAAACUAAAUCAUUCUUGAACAUUGAAGAUAAAUAACAGUAGGGGAGAGUGGGAUAAGUUGAGCAAUUUUUUUGCAUUCAGCAUCGCUUAGUCAAGGGAAAUAUUAUUAUUUCUAACUAAGUUAUCUACAUAUUUCAGGAUGUUUUGUAUCCCUGUAAAUAAUCAGAAUUAAUGUGAACAUUAGUUUUGAAAACAUAGCUUGUCCAAAAAGUGGUCCAUUGGGACAAUUUUCCCUGGGUUUGGGGUAAAUUGAGCCGCGGGACUACAAAUGUCUGUACUGAAAUAAAAACUUUUUUAACUACCUUUUUAAAACCUUGUCCAUCUUUAUUUCCCAAACACAAUCAUAAUCACAUUUAUCUUUUAAUCAUCUUUUAAGACAGGCCGAACACCAAACACUUUGUACUUUUUUAAACACUUUUAACGUAGGCCCUGUUACCUCAUAUCCCAGUAAUAACGCCUUGCAUUACGCCUGGGAAGAAAACACUUCAAUUUCCUCAACUUGCAAUUUGCUCAACUUACCAUUUGUUCAACUUACCCCAUGGCUCAACCCUACUUGUCACACCCUGGCUCUGGGGACUCUAUAUGUUGAGCCAGGGUGUGUAGAUUCUAUGUGUUUUGUUCUAUGUUCACAGUCUAGCUUUGUAUUUCUAUGUUGGCCAGAGUGGUUCCCAAUCAGAGGCAACGAGUGUCAGCUGUUGCUGGUUGUCUCUGAUUGGGAGCCAUAUUUAGACAGGCUGUGUUCCCACAGGUGUUGUGGGAUCUUGUUCCGUGUUGGUUGUGUUUAACCUAGGACGUCACGUUAUUGUUUUGUUCGUGUUUAUCACUUUGGUUAAUAAAGUAUGUUUGCCUUCAACGCUGCGCCUUGGUCUACUCCGUUCAACGAUCGUGACACUACUCAAAAAAUCCUAUAGGAUUCCAAUUAAAAAAAUCCUAUAGAAAAUCCUAACAGAAUUCUAUUGGAUUAUAAUGAUUGGAAUCCUAUAAAAUGCAAUGCUAUAGGAUAAAAUCCCAUAGGAGUCCAAUAGGACUGGGUCCAAAAUCUGAUAGGAUUUCUCUAUUGGUCAUGCUGCAAAUGAACUUGCAACCUUGAAUCACUCCAGGAUUGUGAUGGCGUGUUGAAGAGGGUGAGAACAUCAGGGAAUUAUCACUGGUGUGAGUAGGCAAAGAUAUGGAUAUUGUGCUCUGGAGACACGGGAGAGAGGCUGUUCUUCAGUUUACUGGUCUUUAAUCUCGAUUACAGUUUAGCAUAAAUGUUCAGGUUUCUGUGCGAUAUUUAGCUGUGAGGUUGUCCAAUAAAGCUGUAUUUAUCUAAUUGUAGUGUCCAUACACUGUGGUCUGAAAUAAGAAUGAAUAGAAUAAUAUCAAUACAAUGGCUUGAUGGGUUAUACUAAGUAGGCAGGGCGAAUGAACGAGCUGCUGCACAGUCACUAUGGGGGCUCUUUCUAGAGCGGCCGGUUAAAUUGUGCAUAACAGUAUGUUUUAACUCUGUAAAUGGUUAAACUAGUGAGAAAUAUGUGUACACAAUCAGCCUAAAUUGAAAUGAUGAUUUAUUUGGACUGUGCGUGUUACUACGUUACACAACCUCAUGUUUUGACCACAUCGAAUUGAGGAUAAUUGCACAUCCUUUUUACCUCUGGUUAGUGAUGUUAGUAUAAACGUUUAUAGUGAUCACAAUGACGCAAAAUCGAUUGCUUAAAAUAGAUCAAUAUCAUUGGUUUUGUACCGCUGAUUUUUGUCAUACAUGCUGGUGGUCUUAGGACGUAGUAGAAUGCUGGUUGUCUUCAGCAUGUUGUCCUCUAACGAGUGAUACACAAUAUUUCCAGUUCCAUGUGGUUUUUGAAUUGUGUUAGUUUCAAGAGCGCAUACAACCUGAUUUCCCCCCUAACCAAUAUGAGUGAUUAAUUAACACUUGUCAAAACAACAGGAUUUUUUGGUGCACAUGCAGAUUAAGGUGCUUGUAAAAAAUAAAAAUAAAUGACAUGAUUACUAUUGUGGCGCAUGUACAGUACCAGUCAAAAGUUUGGACACACCUACUCAUUCAAGGGUUUUUCUUUAUUUUUACUAUUUUCUACAUAGUAGAAUAACAGUGAAGACAUCGGAACUAUGAAAUAGCACACAUCGAAUCAUGUAGUAACCAAAAAAGUAUUAAACAAAUCAAAAUAUAUUUUAUAUUUGAGAUUCUUCAAAAUAGCCACCCUUUGCCUUGAUGACAGCUUUGCACACUCUUGGCAUUCUCUCAACCAGCUUCAUGAGGUAGUCACCUGGAAUGCAUUUCAAUUAACAGGUGUACUUUGUUAAAAGUUAAUUUGUGGAAUUUCUUGUGUGUGUGAAUGUGAAGAACUUUGAAAGUUUCUUCAAGUGCAAUCGCAAAAACCAUCAAGCGCUAUGAUGAAACUGGCUCUCAUGAGGACCGCCACAGGAAAGGAAGACCCAGAGUUACCUCUGCUGCAGAGGAUGAGUUCAUUAGAGUUACCAGCUUCAGAAAUUGCAGCCCAAAUAAAUGCUUCACAGAGUUCAAGUAAAAGACACAUCUCAACAUCAACUGUUCAGAGGAGACUGUGAAUCAUGCUUUCAUGGUCGAAUUGCGGCAAAGAAACCACUACUAAAGGACACCAAUAAGAAGAAGAGACUUUCUUGGGCCAAGAAACACGAGCAAUGGACAUUAGACCGUUGGAAAUCUGUCCUUUGGUCUGAGUCCAAAUUUGAAAUGUUUGGUUCCAACUGCCAUGUCUUUGUGAUGCGGAAUAGGUGAACGGAUGAUCUCUGUAUGUGUGGUUCCCACCGUGAAGCACGAGGAGGAGGUGUGGGGGUGCUUUGCUGGUGACACUGUCUGUGAUUUAUUUAGAAUUGAAGGCACACUUAACCAGCAUGGCUACCACAGCAUUCUGCAGCGAUACGCCAUCCCAUCUGGUUUGGGCUUAGUGGGACUAUCAUUUGUUUUUCAAAAGGACAAUGAUCCAAAACACACCUCCAGGCUGUGUAAGGGCUAUUUGACCAAGAAGGCGAUUGAUGGAGUGCUGCAUUAGAUGACCUGGCCCCAAAAUCACCCGACCUCAACCCAAUUGAGAUGGUUUGGGAUGAGUUGGACCGCAGAGUGAAGGAAAAGGAGCCAACAAGUGCUCAGCAUAUGUGGAAACUCCUUCAAGACUGUUGGAAAAGAUUUCCUCAUGAAGCUGGUUGAGAGAAUGCCAAGAGUGUGCAUUUUUCGUGCGUCAUGUCCAAAUCAUCCGAAAGUAUCUCAAAUGUAUUGUGAAGGUCACCAAUGUCACUUAUAGAUGAUUUGAACAUUAUGCGCGAAAAAUGCCAAUAUCAGUCCCAUGGCUUGAAUGGGAUUUGUGCCACAGUUCCAGCCAUAUCCAGGGAAACUAAACCAAUGGAUGGAUUGCUGUAUAACAUUGUACAUAGACUGCUUACAGGGUAAGGAAACCAAUGUGUCAUUUUGUAAUUUGGGUGAACUAUUCCUUUAAAAUAAAAACCAUGCACUGGAUAUUCUACUUCCUGCCUCUCCUUGCUCACAAAUACCAGUCAGACAGCCUGAACCAUCCAGGGCAAGUAAGGGGCCUACCAUCCACCCUUACAGUAACACUUUACUGUAUCCUCCCUUAUGUAUGCAUUCAUAAAGGCUUUGUGAAUGUUGCAUAGCUGGUAUAAAGGCUUUAUGGGGGUACUGUAAAAUGUUACUGAGUUGUGUUUGCCAGAGCCGGACUGGUUCCUUGUAUGACAACAGCACCCAUAGAGGGAUGUUUGUUGGGUUGAGCCCCGCACGGCUUUACAACCAACACUAUUCAUCCUCAUCCAAAAUGAUAUGCUCAGUUCCUCCCAUUUCUGCCAACUCGGCUUGUGUGUUUUCUGAAAUCAUCAAAAGGACCCAAACACAUGUGGUUAGAGCGUCUCCGAGUCUUGAAUAAAGCCUGAGGGGGGUGGGGUGUGUGUGGAGAGGAAGAGAAUGGGGGUAGUUAUUUUGUUAAGUUCAAAAGCCUGAUUUAUUUUCCAAGCUUUGUACUGGUACACUAGCAAAAUGCAAUUUCACAGGUUGAUGCACUUGACAUUUGAUAACAUUAAUUUCCUAAGAUAAACAAUAAAAGACUGUAGUGCGGUUUAAAUGGGACUUUUCAGAGUGGAGUAAUGAGACAUUUGCAUGCUACUGCCACCAGUUUAUCUUUUACUGCUCCUCCUGUCUCACCAUAUGCUAGCAGGAGUACAUUUGCAUAACCGUAUGGGCUGGGGAAGUUUGCUAGAGAAACUGCAGAGGUGUGAGGCAGCUCUGAGAGAUAAAAAACACACACACACCAGGCAUCGAGCGUCUUUGCCUCAGAGAGUUAUUCUCCCUAGCCAGACUACUGUCUCAACAGGGUUUUCCUCCACUCGCCAGGCUUAGAAUGGAACGAUGGCUCCACCACAUGUUAGCCACAACAGGUGUAACCUCUCCGGAACCCAGCCUGUGUCACUGGGGUCAACUUACACAAUGCCAGCUGCGUUCCUCUAUCCAACAGUGAGCCGAGGAUGUGAGGUGAAAGAAAAGCAAGCUCUGGCCCGACCGGUAGGUUGCCAGUUAUGAGCGCUAUUGUUCCCUACACAUCAAAGAUGGGAUCAAAGGGAAUCAGGGGCUUUGAGUUCUAUAAGAUCUGGCAGGCAGAGGGGAGCCUGCCUGGUCUCUCUCCGAGUCUCCUCCCCACAGGCCCUGCCACUGAAUUGGCAUGACCGUCACAUUGACUGGCGGGGAUGUACUGAAGAGUUAACCCCAACAUUCCAGUCAACUUGGGCUGGGAUUACCACGUCACUGAGUUAAUCUUUGUCUCCGUCCUUGUCUCAGAAAUGAGCUUUGUCAUAGUGGAUUAGACUGAUGUGCAGAAUCUGAGGCCAUAUGUUCUCUUUAUACUGUUCCAUGGUAAAGCAUGGUAGGCAAUUGAAUUAGGCUAGAUGUAUUCCCCCUUGCACCUCUAUGUAGACGCACGCAUGCACACACACAGCGCACACACACCUAUGAUAACCUUGCAGUCUCAGAACACAUUAUUUCAUCUCAGCGCAAAUGAGCCCAGGCCGAGGAGAGCAAAGGAUCAAACAGCAGAAAAUGUGUUCGGAGGGUUAAUAUCAAUUAGGCUCUAAAAAUGAAACACUCAAAGAGCACCGCUGGUUGUGGGCAACCAUCAGUUACUUUGAAACGCCGAUAGAAUAUCAACUACCCAAAAAGUACAUGAAAUGUGUGCACCCAGGGCUGUCAAAGCAGGUCCAAAUCCAUGGUGUGCUGCUUUCAACAAGGCUUCUUUAACUUUCAUAGAGCACGUUUUGAAUGAAGCAUUCGUUCUCAGAAAAUCUGAAAUCUUACGAAGCGAUGAUGCAGAUUUUCUGAGAAAAAUGAAUACUUCAUUUAGCCAAACACUGAGAGUGCCACUUGAAAUUAACUGUGGUUCCUAGUUUUUCUGUAUUUCCGAUGUAAAAUUGGAUGGGAACAUUUGACUGAAUCGUGAAAGGAAAUCUUUCCCUCCCCAUUCCCCUCUUCACAAAUUAACUUUAUAUUGACGAGAGGCUUAACAAGAGUGAACCAUUGGGCCCUUUGUGCAACAACACUACCCUGCAAACAAUAAUAAGUAGGUAGGAUGUCCACGGGACGUCACAAAAUGGGUCUGUCUAGUUCCCGGUUGGUCCCGGGGACGUCCCUGAGGACGUUCUUGGGACGUUGUGUCAUGGUCUCCUGGAGGUUUUGUGUAGUUCCCGGUUUGUCCUGGGGACGUCCCCAAGGACGUUUUAAGGACGAUCUUGCCACCAUGUCUGUACCAAUGACUGAUUUCACCUGUAGGCCAAUUCUUACACUUUGCACUUCAAUGUCAAUCUUAGCUCUGUUAAAAAUACACUGAACACAAACUAUUAUAUUUACAUAGUAAUUCAGGGCUAACAUUAAAACAGAAUAAUAUUCCCCACCAAGUAUAGUAAAACUCAAAUUGCUGAAAUAAGUAAAUGAGAGAAUAGUCAGAUUAACUGAUCAUUUAAAUAGCAGUGCAGAUGUCAUUAUUUUGCAGAGAUGCAUUAUAGGUAAUGAAUGUGUAGGGGACUUUGUGGCGCAGCAGAAAGAUCAACAUACCCUAAAUCAUAUUGGGGUACAUAGUCAGUACUAAGUGAUCAUUUCAAAUGUAAUCAUAUUGUCAUUUGAUUCAAUAUCUUUACACUAUUUUAGUUGAACAGCGUACUACUUACCUUAACCCUGAUACCAUUUCAUUAUUUUACUUAUGAUGGUUUGGGACACCUGGGACAAUCAGGGGAGCUUCCUGGGCACAAUAACACAACGUAACAAGAACGUCCUAAAAACAUCCUUGGGGACGUCCCAGGGACCAACCGGGAACUAGACAAAACCUCCAGGGGACCAUGAUACAAUGUCCCAAGAACGUCCUAAAAACGUCUUUGGGGAUGUCCCCGGGACAAACCGGGAACUAGAAAAAGGUCCCCCAGAGAACAUUCCCAACUUCACGCGACGUCCUAAGGACUAGUAAAAUGUAAACAUCCUGAGAACAUCCUAUAAAGGUCCUGACAUGGUCCUCUAUGACGUCCUUGGAACUUACAGGGAACCAGACAAAGGUCCCCCAGAUAAUGUUCCCUUGGGACCAUUACGCAAUAUUCUUAGAAUGUUCUCAGAACGUCAGAGGGAUAACGUCGCGCCGAAACCCUUAAGGGACAUGGUGGAAACAUUGUCGAAUGGCCUCAGGACGUCCCCUGUUUGCUGGGUAUACUAUACAGUCAGGGCCUUCGAAUUAGAGUCAAGCUUUCAUAAGCGAGUGAACACAUUCAACGGGCUUGAGAGAGAGAGAGGAGGGCAGUCAACAGCUUUUCACCUUAUCUUUAUUAUCCUAUAGAAAAAUAGAAAUGUAAUUGGGUUGUGGGGCAGCAAAACAGAGGUUCAAAGAGAGAGGCGAGGAGGGGGGAGGGGGAGAAAGGUCAGAGUUAAUGCCUCAACACUGUUACCAGUUUUCCGUUCAGCCCACUGUUAAUCAGUGGUGGUAGAGACACAUUAGAUAAGCUGAACCUCAAUGAAAACAUUAUAGCAACAGAAGCUACUUUCCUGCCAGCCCUGACAGGAUGUCUAUGUCCUGGGAUGUGACUGCAGACAGCCCCAGUGUACUCAGUGUCCUGACAGGGACUCUUUGCUCUGUGGUUAAGAUAACAACAUAUAACACAACUACUGGACUGGAGUUUCUUCAACCCCUAACACAUUGGAGGUAGACGGAGUGCACACAAAGGGCCAGUUUACUAAGGCCAGUCUACCCAGUUUAGGAACAAACACCUCAGGAGGGAAAGGAGUUGCUUUGUGUUUUCCCCAAACGUGAUACUAGAGUAAACAGAAACCCCAAACUACUGUAGCUGGUGGCAUAUUCACACUAAGGGAAACAUUGUAAUGCAUCCGUGUUAGCAUGUGUGACGGUGUGCCAUAUUGAGGUUAGCAUACACCCUGUGUUGCUGGUGAGGAAUUCACUAUACUGUAUAAACACCCUAAACUGAUAACAAAAACAACCCUAUCUAAUCUGUUUGUGACAGUCUAGUUUUUGGCAUUAUUGGUAAAACACAUCAACUGUCAGAAGCAGGAAGCUAUGGUGAACUGAGGCGGCAUGGCUAGAGCCUCUCAACCCUGUGAUGCAUCUGCAAUGCGUCAAAGAACUGAAAGGAUAACAUGUUAUGUACUAUGUGUGAUGUUUUGAGUGGCCUUGCCUUCCAGUGUCCCUCAUGUAUCAUCGUUAUAAUAAAGUAGUAAGAGCAAGAGAACAAUAUAAUGUCUGUAUACCAUCCUUGAACUGUGAGUGAUGGUGCUUUCCCAGUUCAGUAGCCGUCUCCACUUCUUAUGCAUUAGGCACUCUGUUUUUUUGAUCCGGCGGCCAGGGUUCUCUAGCUUUGUACUCCCACUCAACCACUGUGCUUUAACUGUUGCCACAAAGAGGGCCUUCUGGCCCCACAGCUAAUUGUCAUAAUCCCCAUUAACAUUCAAUAUGCUGUGGGCCUUUUGCUUGUGAUUGGUGCAAUCAGUCUAACAACCCUAGACCAGAAGUAGGGAAUAAGUGGCCAUUAUAUAAAAAGGGCCAUUAUAUAAAAGUGGCCAUUAUAUAAAAAGGGCGACUACAGUUCAUGGAUUCCUUGUUUCUGGCAAGUAGUUUUGUUAGGGUUAUUAAUAGUUUUCUGAACAAAAUAUAUCAAUGUCCAAAAUGAUUGGAUGUCAAUGGUACCUGUGUGGAAUAUUUUCACCUUGGACUGUGACCACUAGUUACGUGUGCUACUUUGCCCAAGAUACGGGAUGCUGUGAAGCGAGGGCUGUUGGGCAGCUACACUAUAUAACCUCAUCACUUGUCUGUGUCUACAGGUGGAAUCUGAUGGGAUGAAGCAGGCCUUCACAGAAGCCUGGGGGAAGAAGGCCAAAGAUAACUUCACUCCUACUCUGGUGGCCACCUUCAACACUACUCUGCAGAGGCGUAUCAAGAAGAUCAACAUCCUGGGAGCGGCUAACCUACCUGCAGGAGAAAGAAAUGAGGUCAGUCUCAUAUUGUCUACAUCUUAUCGGAGGAGUGUUAUCACAAGCUUUGAGUCAGACUCAGAAUCAGAUGUGGUGUAUAAUGUGAUCCUGACAUGUCAGAAUAUCUGUAGAAGAUGUUAUAAGACAUAAUACGUUUAGUUCAGCUGUUGAAGGACGGCAUCAGCAAGGUCUGAAUGAAGUCACAGAGUAAUUGUGUAUUUUCACAAUCUCUUUAUUUCCCCAGUACAACGUAAUACUAAGCAAGAUGUCUGAAAUAUACUCUACCACCAAAGUGUGUCCAAAGACGAAUGAAUGCUGGUCUAUCGAGCCAGGUGAGUGGCUGUCUUCAUGUAAUUACAGUUAAAGACAUGCUCCGGUACUUUGGUGACUAAGAAAGUAUUUUUUUAAACCUCCUGCUUUGGGCUGGAUGUGUCAAUGUGUAGUUCAUACAUGUAUAAUCUAUGAGCAGAAUUAUUGUCUUACCUCAAUUAGCCACGAAAUCACUAGUUUGAAAGUGAGCUUCAGCCCCUCUCGUGUGUGUGUGUGUGUGUGUGUGUGUGUGUGUGUGUGUGUGUGUGUGUGUGGCGGUCAGAACAACAAAAGUACCAGAGACAAAAAGUAAAACAUUUAUUUAAAAAUAGUAGGGGAACAUCUUAACAAGGAGUAACAAAGAGGGGUAUAGUUGUCCAAAAAAGAAAGACGAGAAGUUAGAAAAACCAACAGAAUGGGGGCAAUUACUUUGAAGAGGUCUCUGGGGGACGUGGUUCAAUUUCAGCUCUUUAGGAACGUUGAAACGUCCUGCUACUGGUCAUCAGACUACAGUGCAGAGCACGUCGACUUCAUCAGUCAUUCCCAAUUACCUAAGUGUUGGUUUAAACCCUGGCCAGUGCUUUGUGAGCUGUGCCCGCCCAAAAACUAUCAUGAUUGCCAAAACACAUUAUAGAUGUGAGAGAAGUUUGUGUGAAGGCAUUUCCAUGCAAAAUUCAGUAAUGCACCCACAAAAUCACUUUUGCACUUACUGUAAGUCAUUUACCAAUGUUAUGCAGUGUAAUGGACGGAAAUCAAACAUCAACAAAAACACUCUUACAGACCUGCUACACUGCAUACAUGUUGAUGCCCUAAUCUACAUUUCAAUCUAUAUCAUGGAAAUGGUUUCUGCUAAUGUGUUUACACUCCAAAAUGAGAGUCCACUUCCGCCCCAGAUGAUUCCUAAUUUCACAAUCUACUAAAGUAAACAUUGGGUGGUCCAGGGUUACUCUAAAGAAUCUGACCGGUGUUGCCCAUCACAGAACAAUGCUUUGGGUUGUAUUAUAAUAACAAACAGGGACCCCAGCCAUUGGAUCAUCGCUUUUUCCCCCACCAAACUCACUUUGUUCAGUGGCCUUCAACUUUCCUCACCUUCACUUCCUAUGCCCAACCUGUAAAAUACAGUGCCUUCAGAAAGUAUUCACACCCUUGACUUCUUCCACAUUUUGUUGUGUUACAAAGUGGGAUUAAAAUGAUUUAAUUGUAAUUUUUGGUCAACGAUCUACAACAAAUAUUUUAAUGUCAAAGUGGAAGAAAAAAUCUAACAUUUAUAACAAAUAAAACACUAUCUUGAUUAGAUAAGUAUUCACCCCCCUGAGACAAUACAUGUUAGAAACACCUUUGGCAGCGAUUACAGCUGUGAGUCUUUUUGGAUAAGUCUCUAAGAGCUUUGCACAUCUGGAUUGUACAAUAUUUGCCCAUUUUAUUAAUUUUACAAUUCUUCAAGCUCUUUGAAGUUUGUUGUUGAUCAUUGCUAGAAAGACAUUUUCAACCCUUGCCAUAGAUUUUUAAGCCAAUUUUAAGUCAAAACUGUAACUUGGCUACUCAAACAUUCAAUGUCGUCUUGGUAAGCAACACCAGUGUAGAUUUGGCCUUGUGUUUUAGGUUAUUGUCCUGCUGAAAAGUGAAUUAGUCUCCCAGUGUCUGUUGGAAAGGAGACUGAAACCAAGUUUUCCUUUACGAUUUUGCCUGUGCUUAGCUGUAUUCCGUUUAUUUUUUUCCUAAAAAUCUCCCUAGUGGAUUUGCCCCAAACAUAAUGCUUUGAAUUCAGGUCAAAAAGUUAAUUUCUUUGCCACAUCUUUUGCAGUAUUACUUAAGUGCCUUGUUGCAAAUCGGAUGCAUGUUUUGGAAUAUUUUUAUUCUAUACAGGCUUCCUUCUUUUCACUCUGUCCUUUAUGUUAGUAUUGUGGAGUAACUACAAUGUUGUUGAUCCAUCCUCAUAUCAGAACCGUUAAACUCUUUAACUGCUUUAAAAUCACCAAUGGCCUCAUGGUGAAAUCCUUGAGCAGUUUCCUUCCUUUCCGGCAACUGAGCUCAAAGGGAUAUUCAAUGUCUCCUUUAAAAAAAAAAAAGGUCAACACACCUACCAAUCGGUGCCCUUCUUUGCAAGACAUUGAAAAGCCUCCAUGGUCUGUGCUUGAAUCUGUGCUUGAAAUUCACUACUCGACUGAGGGACCUUACAGAUAAUUGUAUGUGUGGGGUACAGAGAUGGGUGGGGUAGUCAUUCAAAAAUGAUGUUAACCACUAUUAUUGAAUGAGUCCAUGCAACUUAUUAUGUGAAUUGUUAAGCAAAUGUUUACUCCUGAACAAAGGGGUUGAAUACUUAUUAAACAUUUUUGAAAUACUUAUGAAUACUUAUUGAAAAAUGUCUACAUUGACAUUAUGGGGUUUUGGGUGUAGAAUGUAAAUCAGUGACACAAAAUCUCAAUUGAAUCCAUUUUAACUUCAGGCUGUAACACAGCAAAAUGUGGAAAGAGUAAAGGUGUGUGAAUACUUUCCGAAGCCAUAUGUGUUGUUUUUAGGCCAGUCUUCCGCUGUUGCAUCAUCAUAACUCAAGGCUAAUCUCUUAGAAGAUGUAUCUGUAAUGCACCUCUCACAUUGAGAGGAGAUCAUGAAGUCAUCUAAACACUUAAAUGCCUAAUUGUUUAGGAAAGUUAAAACUAUUUUUCUCUUUUCGUUGGCGCUGUUUGGAAAUCUAGUAGUCCCCUGUGUGCUGUAGCAUUUUCUGUAUUCCGUAACUGAGGGUGUCUUUGACUUUGGCUCCACAGAGCUGACAGAGAUCAUGGCCAACUCACGGAGCUACAAGACACUGCUGUAUGCUUGGGAGGGUUGGCACAAUGCAUCGGGUGUGUCACUCAAGGCAGAGUAUCCAAAGUUUGUGGAGCUUAGCAACAAGGCCUAUAAAACUGAUGGUAAGAAUGUGACGUUGACCUUACAUAUGUGUCUCACUGUGAAUGUCAUUAUUUCUAACAUACAGUAUUUCAGAGGUAUUGUAAGUUAUGGCCAUAGCUGUAGUGAAAGAGACAGGAGAGGUAGAUGAGGUGAAAUGUCAUUGUUGAUAAACAUUAUGGUUGUAUCCUCUCUAGGUUUCGAUGACACGGGAGCAUACUGGCGUUCGUGGUACGAGUCAAAGACUUUUGAGAAUGACCUGGAGGCUAUUUACAAACAGAUGCAGCCGCUCUACCAGAAUCUUCACGCCUUUGUGCGUCGCAAGCUCUACGUCCACUACGGCCCAAAAUACAUCAAUCUUAAAGGACCUAUCCCUGCUCACCUGCUAGGUGAGUUUACCUUUAAAUGUCUGUGUUCCAGUAUUUAAAAAAUAAUGUAUGCACUCACUAACUGUAAGUCGCUCUGGAUAAGAGCGUCUGCUAAAUGACUAAAAUGUAAUGUAAUGUUAACUUAUAGCCAAUGCAAAAUGUCCAGUCACUGAUUUAUCAGCCAUUUUUCAAACUUUAACUCAGUCCAUCGCUGCUUAGCAAUAGCUUUAGCUAGGGUUGAUUUUAAACCUAACCUUAACCACACUGCUAGUGCUAACCCUAACCUAAAAUGAAGACAAAAAAGCUAUUUCUUAUCAUGAAUUUUUACGACAUAGACAAUUUUUACUUUGCAGCUGGCCCAUCUAGUGGAAAUCUCUCAGUUCUGCCUCCAGGGCAAGAUUCAUGACAAUAAAUGUAAACAUGCGUCAAGAAACCCGAGGUGCUAGCUAUAACGCAUUAGCGGUAUUUGCUCAGUGUCUGAAUAGGAAGGCUCAACCAGUAAAUGUAUCAAGCCUCUGGCUAAUGCUAAGUGCCUGUGCUUCAUUUCCUCAGGAAACAUGUGGUCGCAAACCUGGAACAACAUCUAUGGCAUGAUGAUCCCCUUCCCCGGCAAACCCAAUGCAGACGUGACGGAUGAAAUGGUUGCCAAAGUAAGCUGGUGAAAUUUGAGAUGUUGUUAUUACUGUAGAUCAGUUUACUUGUAGAACAGUGAGAAAUAGUGAGUUGAAAGUUAAGGAGUGACAUUAUAUCCAAAAACGACAUCCAAAAACUCUUUGUUAAAAAUAAAAUCCCAAACUCUUAUCUAGCCUAGUUGAAAUCACUUUAACUAAAUUAUUCCUAAUCACUUUAACUCAGGUAAAAGUCAAAGUGUGUCCAUUGGAAGUCUGUUAACAUGAGCUUGGCCGUAUAUACCUGAAAUACAAUGAUUUUCCUCCUCCUAGAACUGGAAUGCUACUCACAUGUUCCGGGUGGCUGAGGAGUUCUUCACCUCCCUGGGCCUCAUCAAAAUGCCCCAAGAGUUCUGGGACAAGUCUAUGUUGGAGAAGCCAGAAGGUCGGGAGGUGGUGUGUCAUGCAUCUGCCUGGGACUUCUACAAUAGAAAGGACUUCAGGUGAGCAAGUGGAAAUGUAGUUAUGGAAAUGAACUCAUGGAGUGGAGAAAAGAGAGGGAGGGGAUGAGAAGUUUUCCAUUACCCCAUGCUAUGAAGUUCAAAUGUCUUCAUAUGUGAUGUUUCCUCACAUUCAGGAUCAAACAGUGCACCACAGUCAACAUGCAGCAGCUUUUCACAGUGCACCAUGAGAUGGGCCAUAUUGAAUAUUACCUGCAGUACAAGGAACAACCUAUAAGCUUCCGCGGCAGUGCUAACCCAGGCUUCCAUGAGGCCAUUGGUGAUGUCAUGUCUCUCUCUGUGUCCACACCUAAGCAUCUGGCCAGCAUCGGGCUAUUGUCCAAUGCGACCAAUGACCACGGUAUGCCCCAAUAUUUAUUUGGUACCCUGUUUUGAAGUAUAUACAAUUCAUGAAAACAAUUAAAAAUGUUAUGGUCAGUAAGUACAGUGUUUCCAAGUAAAUAAGUAAGUAUGUAGUAAAUAAGUUUGUAAGUAGUAAGGAAGUCAGUAGCUUAAAUAAGAAAGUAAGUCAUUACGUAAGUUAGUUAGUUACUUACUGUUAUUAUUAUUGUGGUGUUUUUUUUUUUGUGUGAUUUUAAUUGGCUUGUUCAUUGUAGAGAGUGACAUCAACUACCUGCUGAAGAUGGCUCUGGAGAAGAUGGCCUUCCUUCCCUUUGGCUAUCUCAUUGACCAGUGGAGAUGGAGUGUGUUUAGUGGGCGCACCCCCCCAGAGCGCUACAACGCAGACUGGUGGCACCUCAGGUGAGUGCCACGAAAAUAUUUAACCUCUACGGGAUUGGUGUCCCGUAUACGGGACGGUUGAGCUAACGUGCGCUAAUGUGAUUAGCAUGACUGUUGUAAGUAACAGCAAACUUUCCAGGACAUAGACAUGUCUUAUAUGGGCAGAAAGCUUACAAUCUUGUUAAUCUAACUGCACUGUCCAAUUUACAGUAGCUAUUACAGUGAAAAAAUACCAUGCUAUUGUUUGAGGAGAGUGCACAACAACAAAAAACGUAUCAUGGCAACUGGUUUGAUACAUUCACCUCUGAAGGUAAAUAAUGAACUUACAUUCAGUAAUCUUGCUCUGAUUGUUCAUCCUGAGGGUCCCAGAGAUAAACUGUAGCAUAGUUUUGUUUGAUGAAAUCCAUUUCUAUAUUCAAAUGUAGGAACUGGGUUCUACAGUUUGAACCCCUGCGGUCUCUGGCUCCACACCCACCCUGACCGGUCCAUCUAGAUAUGUGAACGUUAGUGUAUAAGCUAAUGAUCCAUCAUGUAUGACAUUCCUGGGAGUGUGUAAACGUACAUUUUAUAUUACCAUAUCAUUUUUGUAUGUUCUCUAUAGUUACGUACUUGAAAAUGUGUCAAUUGACCAAUUCGGCACAUUUGGGCAGACUUGAUACAAAAUAGUCCAGUAUUGCAAUGCUUCACUGAAUCAAUCUGAAACUUUGCACACAGACUGCUGCCAUCUAGUGGCCAAAAUCUAAAUUGCGCCUAAACUGCAAUAUUAUAUUGUGGCCUUUCUCUUGCAUUUCAAAGAUGAUUAAAAAAAUAAAAAAUAGUUUGUUUGUGUUAUCUUUCACCAGAUCGAAUGUGUUAUAUUCUCCUACAUUAAUUUCACAUUUCCACAAACUUCUAAGUGUUUCCUUUCAAUAUGCAUAUCCUUGCUUCAGGUCCUGAGCUACAGGCAGUUAGAUUUGGGUAUGUCAUUUUAGGCGAAAAUUGAAAAAAAGGGUCCAAUCCUUAAGAUGUUAACAUGAUGAAAGUUUGUGGAGGGAAAUUGUUUAUAUCCAAAAUAAUAGUGCAUUUUAUAUAAUGAAAAUAUGUUUCAGAAAACACUGUCAAUUUUCCUUCCCUUGUUCACUUUUCAGGACAAAAUACCAGGGUAUAUGUCCUCCCACCAAACGCACAGAGGAGCACAUGGACGCUGGAGCGAAAUAUCACAUUUUAGGAAACACCCCAUACAUCAGGUAGAAUUCUCUUUCAAACCAUCUGUCACUUUUCUUCCUCAGAUCCAUAUACAGGAGGAUUAUUAUGGAUGAUGGAUAUUGUCAUUUCUCAACACACACUUUAAGAAUAAAGACCACUGAGGGAAUAUAAAUAUUACAAAUACACAUUAAUACAAAAUCAAUCCUCAAACACCAUCAAAAUGAAUUUGACAAUUUGACAACAUGUUUGAUUAACGGUGUUGUUUUCUCUCCUGGAGAUACUUUGUGAGCUUCAUUCUGCAGUUCCAGUUCCACAAGAAGCUAUGUCAGGCAGCCAAUCAAACUGGACCCUUGCACACAUGUGACAUCUACCAGUCCAAGGAGGCGGGAAAGAUUUUAGAGUAUGUAUACUGUUAUUGCCUCUCUUAGAAAAUUCAUUACAGCCACGUACACUAUAGUGUUACCUGAUCAAGUGAGGAGAUGACAUACACAAAAGAUGGUCAUUCAAUCUCUUAAUCACUCUAAGAAAUAAAUUGAUACUUUUUCACAUCUUAGACUGUAAUUUGAACUGUGUGAUAUUUUCCCCCACCUGAAUCAAUCAUAAAGCAUUGUCCCUAGACUUGCUAAAGCUAAACCAUACAAAGUUAUAGUAAAUGAGGCAUGACACAUUUCCCUAAGUGCCUCUGUUGACUUUUACAGGACUGUCUUUAAAUCCGGAGAAUCCAAGCCCUGGGAACAGGUGCUCCAGGAAGCCGUCGGGACAAACAAGAUGGACGCCAGCGCCCUGAUGGAAUACUUUGGUCCCAUCAUCACAUGGCUGGAGGAACAGAAUGCAGCAAUGAAUGAGACCUUGGGCUGGCCCGAUUUUAACUGGGUUCCACCCAUACCAGAGGGUUACCCCGAGGAUAUUGGUAAGCCAGUAAACAGGUUUAACUGAAGGAGGAUGCUAUUUCAAUAAAACAUGGAGAAUUUCCUUUUAUGGAAAUGAGGAUGAUGUUUCAAUAAAAUAAUGGAUGAUAUUUCAAUAAAAUAAAACAUGGAGAAUUUCCUUUAAGGGAAAUUAUCAUUUUUCAAUGUGAUUUGUAUGGUUCUUUUUGAAAUCUGUAAUGAAAUCUGAGUAUACUAUAAUUAGCAUUUUAACGUGGUUCUUUUGUAUUGAAAGUCUGCCCCCCUACUUUUGGCAGAUGGAUAAAACAAUAUUGUCCCACUUCAAACAACAAAAUAUAAAUUCAGUUUAAGAUUGCAGGAAAUUUUUUGGAAAACCUGUCUUAAUCUAUGAUUUUUGUUCUGUUUGAACAUUGAUCUUUCGUUAUGUUUAUUUACAUAUUUUUUUAUUUAGCUAUUUAUUUAUGUAUUCAUUUUGUUGUUCAUUUUUCAUUUAAAUGUCACUUUCUGACUAAUUAUGGUGUUACAAAACUCUAUCUAAAUCUAUAGUAUGAACGUUUCAUUGUUGGUGAUGAAUGUCUUUGAUGAUUGAUUCCACUUAAAUUUGAUGAAAUUGUAGACAGUGCAAUUAUUAGUGUGAUUGUUGUAAUCGUUAUUAUUAAUGAUCAUGAUAAUAAUUGUAGUUAUUAUUGGUGAUGGGUAUUUUUUCCCUUGUUUGGACAUUUACAUUUAGAACUCUCAUUGUUACAAUGUGCAUUGAAACGUCAUGCUGAAAAUCAAUACAAAUAGAUUUACUUCUCUCUUAAAUUGUGUAAGGAUGACAUUGAAAGAUGAACUUGCAUACAAAUUCAAGCUAUACUCGCUUAAGCUAGAAUCGGGCCACGGUCACAUAGCCAUGUAGCUUGAGAUACAAGAGCUAUUCUGCCUUACGUGUACCUUUCUCUCUAUACCCAGACAUGAUUGCAGAUGAGGUGCUGGCGAAGAAUUUCCUGGAGGAAUACAACAGCACUGCGGAGGUGGUCUGGAAUGCCUACACUGAGGCAUCGUGGGUAUACAACACUGACAUUAAUGAGAAGAACAAGCAGAACAUGGUAAGAGUUGUCUGGUGUCUGAAUGGAGAAUCUCUCGCACUCAUACUGUACACAUAGGCAUUCACACAACAAAAAAAUCCAGAAAAACACAUGUCAAAAAUGUUAAAAAUUGAUUUGUAUUUUAAUGAGGGAAAUAAGUAUUUGACCCCUCUGCAAAACAUGACUUAGUACUUGGUGGCAAAACCCUUGCUGGCAAUCACAGAGGUCAGAUAUUUCUUUUAGUUGGCCACCAGGUUUGCACACAUCUCAGGAGGGAUUUUGUUCCACUCCUCUUUGCAUAUCUUCUCCAAGUCAUUAAGGUUUCGAGGCUGACUUUUGGCAACUCGAACCUUUAGCUCCCUCCACUGAUUUUUUUUUUUAUGGGACUAAGGUCUGGAGACUGGCUAGGCCACUCCAAGACCUUAAUGUGCUUCUUCUUGAGCCGCCACUUUGUUGCCUUGGCCGUGUGUUUUGAGUCCUUGUCAUGCUGGAAUACCCAUCCACAACCCAUUUUCAAUGCCCUGGCUGAGGGAAGGAGGUUCUCACCCAAGAUUUGACGGUAUAUGGCCCCGUCCAUCGUCCCUUUGAAGCUGUGAAGUUGUCCUGUCCCCUUAGCAGAAAAACACCCCCAAAGCAUAAUGUUUCCACCUCCAUGUUUGACGGUGGGGAUGGUGUUCUUGGGGUCAUAGGCAGCAUUCCUCCUCCUCCAAACACGGCGAAUUGAGUUGAUGCCAAAGAGCUCAAUUUUGGUCUCAUCUGACCACAACACUUUCACCCAGUUCUCCUCUGAAUCAUUCAGAUGUUCAUUAGUAAACUUCAGACGGCCCUGUAUAUGGGCUUUCUUGAGCAAGGGGACCUUGCGGGCGCUGCAGGAUUUCAGUCCUUCACGGCGUAGUGUGUUACCAAUUGUUUUCUUGGUGACUAUGGUCCCAGCUGCCUUGAGAUCAUUGACAAGAUCCUCCCGUGUAGUUCUGGGCUGAUUCCUCACCGUUCUCAUGAUCAUUGCAACUCCACGAGGUGAGAUCUUGCAUGGAGCCCCAGGCUGAGGGAGAUUGACAGUUAUUUUGUGUUUCUUCCAUUUGCAAAUAAUCGCACCAACUGUUGUCACCUUCUCACCAAGCUGCUUGGCGAUGGUCUUGUAGCCCAUUCCAGCCUUGUGUAGGUCUACAAUCUUGUCCCUGACAUCCUUGGAGAGCUCUUUGGUCUUGGCCAUGGUGGAGAGUUUGGAAUCUGAUUGAUUGCUUCUGUGGACAGGUGUCUUUUAUACAGGUAACUAGCUGAGAUUAGGCGCACUCUCAGCUCGUUACCUGUAUAAAAGACACCUGGGAGCCAGGAAUCUUUCUGAUUGAGAGGGGGUCAAAUACUUAUUUCCCUCAUUAAAUUGUUUUUUUAAAACUUUAUUGAGUAAAUAUUUUCUUAACUCUAUUUCUUGAACUGCAUUGUUGGUUAAGGGCUUGUAAGUAAGCAUUUCACGGUAAGGUCUACACCUGUUGAAUUCGCCGCAUAAAAAUAACAUUUGAUUUGAAUUUGAUUUGAAACAGGGUUCAGGGGAGCUACAGAAUGAGCAGGCUUUUGUUCCAGCCCAGCAGUAACGCGCUUGAUUCUAUGGCACAUCCUGUAUCUUUUCUGGCACAUUUCUUGCACUUGGACAAAUCAAUGGCUAGUUGUGUUGUUUAUUCUGUCUCCAGCUGCAGAAGAUGUUGGACAUGUCUAACCACACACUGACCUACGGAAACGAGGCCCGCAAGUAUGACACCACAGACUUCCAGGACGGUGCCGUGAAGCGUAUCCUGAAUAAACUCUGUGACAUCGAAAGUGCAGGACUUCCCGAUGAGGAACUGAAAGAGGUAAGAAUUAGCGGAGUGCUUUUAUUGAUCAGAGACCUUCAAAUGAUCCCCUAUUCACACACUAAAUCCAGAGCAAAAUCACACAGUACAUUGACCUCAAUGUUUAAUGAAAUUAUUCUAAAGCAAUUUAAUAAGUAGGCCUAUAAAAAAACUUGAAAUCGCAUUGGGCAGUUACAAGUUCUUAUGCUGUUGGUCAUUGUUUUUCUCUCAGUACAACAAUUUGCUGGCCAACAUGGAGACCAACUACAGUGUGGCUGAGGUGUGCAGAGCCAAUGGGACCUGCCAUCCACUGGAGCCAGGUAAGAUCCCACAAUACAUUUGCCCAAUCCCAUGCCUGGUUCAGGGCCUUAAAACACUUGCCUAAUUGAGUCCAUGUGAUAUUUUUUUUGACACACAAUAUAUAAAAACUAUCAUCUGGAGAAAAAUUGAAGGAGAGGUUAUUUUCCUGACACCACUCCGCCAGGGACCUCAGCUCCUCCCUGUAGGCUGUCCCGUCAUUGUUGGUAAUCAGGCCUUCUACUGUUGUGUCGUCUGCAAACUUGAUGAUUGAGUUGGUCUGCUUUGCCACACAGACAUGGGUGAACAGGGAGUACAGUCUUAUAACUCAUGUGGUCAAGAUGCACAAACCUUUUUUAAAUAGUUGGUCUGGGUCUUGUUCUUUUACAUUUCUUGGUCUCGUCAUGUCUGGAUACACUGGUUCUGGGUCUCAAGAUGUUGGGUUUUGGUCUGGGUCUGGUCUUGGUUUGGGUCUCGAGUUCUGGGCCUGGUUUCCCGAUAGCGAUGGAACUUAGGCUUAUGAGUGUUUUUAACGAUGCAUCGUUCCUACAACAGCCAAAGAUGUAACAUGCGUUUCCCUAAACACCAUGCAGAAAGAAUGUUUGCCAAGUGCGUCGUUGGGGCGAUAUUGAAAGGAUCGAAAGAAAGGCAUAGCUGUUCUCGGAUCAGCUUUCUCCAUUCACAUCUUACCGUAACAUUAGAGUAAUUCCACAAUACUGAGUACGAAUAAGCACCAAGAGAUAUAUUAUCACCUAUAUGGCUGCAAAUAAUUUAUUCUAGCCUAAUGCUUAGCCUACCCUAUAAUAACGCACUAAAUCAUAGAUUUGGCACAUCAUUGCACACAUGUUACACCAUGAAAUAUAUUGAGGCAAAAAAUUUGACAGUCGCCUACAAUUAGCAAAAUAGAACCUCAUUGAAUUAACAUGAAAUUGAUUUCAAUAUGAUUGUAAUACACUGAGCAUACCAAACAUUAGGAACGCCUUCCUAAUAUUGAGUUGCAGCCCCCCCCUUUGCCCUCAGAACAGCCUCAAUUCGUCGGGGCAUGGACUCUACAAGGUGUUAAGCAUUCCACAGGGAUGCUGGCCCAUGUUGACUCCAAUGCUUCCAAUAGUUGUGUCAAGUUGGCUGGAUGUCCUUUGGGUGGUGGACCAUUCUUGAUGCACAUGGGAAACUGUUGAGCGUGAAAAACCCAGCAGCGUUUCAGUUCUUGACACAAACCGGUGCGCCUGGCACCUACUACCAUACCCUGUUCAAAGUCACUUAAAUAUUUUGCCUUGCCCAUUCAACCUGUGAAUGGCACACAUACACAAUCCAUGUCUCAAGGCUAAAAAAUCCUCUUUAACCUCUUAAGGAUCGGACGCUUUUUUUCAAUUUUCGCCUAAAAUGACUUACCCAAAUCUAACUGCCUGUAGCUCAGGACCUGAAGCAAGGAUAUGCAUAUUCUUGAUACCAUUUGAAAGGAAACACUUUGAAGUUUGUGGAAAUACGAAAUUAAUGUAGGCAAAUAUAACACAUUAGAUCUGGUAAAAGAUAAUACAAACAAAACAACAUGCCUUUUCUAUUAUUUUUUUGUUCAAUCAUCUUUGAAAUGCAAGAGAAAGGCCACAAUAUAAUAUUGCAGUUUAGGCGCAAUUUACAUUUUGGCCACUAGAUGGCAGCAGUCUGUGCAAAGUUUCAGAUUGAUCCAGUGAAGCAUUACAAUACUGGACUAUUUUGUAUCAAGUCUGCCCAAAUGUGCCCAAUUGGUCAAUUGAUACAUUUUCAAGUACAUAACUAUAGAAAACAUACAAAAAUGAUAUGGUAAUACAAAUUGUAAGUUUACACACUCCCAGGAAUGUCAUACAUGAUGGAUCAUUAGCUUAUACACUAACGUUCACAUAUCUAGAUGGCCGGUCAGGGUGGGUGUGGAGCCAGAGACAACAGGGGUUCAAACUGUAGAACCCAGUUCCUACAUUUGAAUAUAAAAAUGUAUUUUAUCAAACAAAACUAUGCUACAUUUUAUCUCUGGGACCCUUAGGAUGACAAAUCAGAGCAAGAUUACCGUAUACAGGACACCGAUCCCGUAGAGGUUAACCUGUCUCCUCCCCUUCAUCUACACUGAUUUGAAGUGGAUUUAACAAGUGACAUCAAUAAGGGAUCAUAGCAUUCACCUGAUCAGUCUGUCAUGGAAAGAGCAGGUGUUCUUAAUGUUUUGUAGACUCAGUGUAUAUAGGCCUAUGUAUCUUUUAAUGCAGUCAUCUCGGUUUUCAUUUGAAGCAUAAUUGUAUCCUUCACUUGUUUGUAACAAUUGCAAAGACGUUGGCAACUUUGUAUUUGUAGUCAACUUCGUUCUGAAGUUAUCGGUGGUCACAGAGAGACAGAAAAACAACCUGAUUUUAUGUUUAUUGGAGAUCUCCUGUGUAUAAAAUGACGUAGAAGGGCAACAAAGUAUCUAAUGACGCAAUUAGCUGUUCUACAUGUGGUCUGAGGCAGUCAGUAGAUAACGAGCAUUUUCAAGUGCAACUGUAAUAACGAUGGUUUUGUGAAACAGCUCUGAGAUUUAAUGAUGCUCCUAUGAAGGUACUUACGAUAAGCAUAGUCUUAAGAUGCUUUUGGGAAACCGGGCCCUGGUCUUGACUCCAUCUCUGGUUUGCCUCUUGUUUCAGACCUCCAGAAGAUCAUGGCUGAGUCCAGAGACUACAAUGAGCUGUUGUUUGUCUGGCAGGGCUGGAGAAACGCCUCUGGCAGAGAACUGCGACAGGACUUCAAGAGAUAUGUUCAACUGGCCAACAAAGCUGCCACUCUUAACGGUAAGGUCUUCAAAAUAACAGACCCAUUCCUAAAGACAUUUCAACAGAGGCUGGCAGUUACGAAGUUUUCUAAUUGGUGCAGGCAGGUUUCAAGUGCUAACACAAAUAAAAGAGGUGAUGGGGGAAGCCUUGUCGGUUUCUGCAAAUGACUUAUGUGCAAUUCUGGCACUGAAUUCACCCUCCCCCUAAUGCUGUCUGUUCAUAGGACACUCUGACAAUGGGGCAUUCUGGCGCUCCCUGUACGAGACCUCCACCUUCGAAGAGGAUCUGGAGCAUCUGUGGAAGGAGCUGGAGCCCCUCUAUCUCAAUGUGCACGCCUACGUGCGCAGGUGUCUCUACAGGAAGUAUGGAGGCAAACACAUCAACCUGAAGGGACCCAUCCCUGCCCAUCUUCUAGGUGAGACUCCAUCAGAAUCCACCAUGGAUUUCAGCAACAAAGGCCAAAACUCCUUUUACAUUAUGUAUGACCAUUGCACAUUGAUGUUCUGCUGUUUUGUGGAUGUUUCUGGGGGAAUCAGCUGGAUUUCAUUUGCUUUCAGAAGCAUUGCGCUUGACAUUGUGUGUGACAGUGACAGGCUAGGGAUUGAGCUGGCUCUGAAUCUAAAUCCACUGGUUUGAGCUCUGUCAGUGGUGCAAGGCUGGAAUAUACAGUAGCUUAUCCGUUUAACAUUUUGUUUAGUUAUGGAUAAAACAGCACAGUCAUGUUUCUCUUGUCCUAUCAGGUAACAUGUGGGCGCAGACCUGGUCUGGCAUCAUGGACUUGGCCAUUCCGUACCCCGAUGCCACUCAAGUAGACGCCACACCAGCCAUGAUAGCCAAAGUAAGAAAAACUUCACCACUGCAGGUUUUUCUGUUUAAGGGCUGGAUAUUAUUACGUUUCCAUGUGACCUGACCAGGAAAAACCUUUUGGGGGUUUUCCCCACAGGGCUGGAAUGCCACCAGGAUGUUCCAAGAGUCAGACAACUUCUUCACUUCUCUGGGGCUACUGCCCAUGCCUCCAGAGUUCUGGGCCAAGUCCAUGCUGGAGAAACCCAAUGAUGGACGCAACGUGGUGUGCCAUGCCUCCGCCUGGGACUUCAACAACCGCAAAGACUUCAGGUACUUUGGAGGGAUGUAGAGCCUGUAGCUUCCUUAGUACAUUACAACGCCAGAAACUUUAUCAAUAAUUUUGGAACUCUUGGUCUAAUGACUUUUCUAUUGGAACUGACAUGUACAGGGUUGCAGGUUCUAGUCCCGCUCAAGCUACCCCCACCGUAGUCUUUGUAUUUCACCUUUCAAGAUGAGUUUGUGUUCACCAUGAAAAACAAAGAUGACUGCCCAUUAAAAUGAUGAAUUCUUAUCCUUCAUUUCCAGGAUCAAACAGUGCACCGUGAUAACCAUGGAUGACCUCAUCACUGUGCACCAUGAGAUGGGUCAUGUGCAGUACUUCCUGCAGUACAAGGACCAACCUCUUUCCUUCCGCGAUGGCGCCAACGCAGGCUUCCACGAGGCCAUUGGUGAUGUGCUGGCCCUGUCCGUCGCCACUCCCAAGCAUCUAAAGGAGAUCGGUUUACUGGAUGUGGUGGAGGACAACCAAGGUGAGCUCAUACUAAUUCAUUGUUUUGACACUGCCCUGCUUUUUUCACUUUCAUAAAUAUGAGGAUUUUUUUUUUUAUAACACAAUUUUCAAUUCACUACUAAGAUGGGGUGGCAGGUAGCUUAGUGGUUAAGAGCGUUGUGCCAAAACCGAAAGCUCGCUGGUUCUAAUCCCCGAGCCGACUAGGUGAAAAAUCUGUCGGUGCCCUUGAGCAAGGCACUUAACCCUAAUUGCUCCUGGAAGUCUCUCUAGAUAAGAGCGUCUGCUAAAUGACUAAAAUGUAAAUGUAAGACCUUCUGCCAACCAGAAAAAAGGGAUAUGUGGUGACCGCUGCAGACAAAGCAUUAACAAAAUAUAUAUUUUUAAAGCAAUCUGUGUGGUAAACAUAAAUUAACUAUCAAUAUGCUGUGAUUGCACUGUGAAUGUGCUAUACCACUUUAAACGUGAAUGUAUCUGUUCAUUUUCACAGAGAGUACAAUCAAUUACCUCAUGAGCAUCGCCCUGGACAAAAUCGCUUUCCUGCCCUUUGGCUACUUGAUGGACCAGUGGAGGUGGAAAGUGUUUGAUGGACGCAUCUCUCAGGAGGAGUACAACAAGGAAUGGUGGAACAUGAGGUAAAGACUGCUACUAAAAAUAUAUAUAUUAUAAUAAUAAAAAAUGGAAAGGAAUAAUACAAAUAGACUACUACUUUUAGUGAAUAUCUCCAUUCUCCAUCCUCCCUAUCUCAUCUAUGUAAAAGUAAUAAAAACUGAAUCAUUUCUUUGUACUGUCUGUCCCUUCCAGAAUGAAGUACCAGGGCUUGUGUCCACCUGUUGCCCGCACUGAGCAGGACUUUGACCCAGGUGCAAAGUUCCACAUCCCUGCUAAUGUUCCCUAUGUCAGGUGUGGUGUCUGACACAUUUAUUACUCUUUAACUAGCAUAGAUCUCUUAGCGAGGUAGGUCGAGGAAAAUUUGAUGAAAUCAGUGGUACAAUGUACAUGCAGAAAAACAACAGUGAACCAAACAUUCAACUGUAAAGCCACCUAACUUUCAUUUGAUCACUUUUCUUUCUUGUUCAUAAAACACAAGUAGGCCUACAUUGCGUUUACUGAUAUUCUUGCUGUGUCUACCAAUAUAGCUGACAUUCAUUAAACAGAUCUGUUUUGUAUGUGGGAUGCAGUGGGAACGUCAUGUGACUGAGUGUCUUCCUAUCAGGUACUUUGUGAGCUUCAUCAUCCAGUUCCAGUUCCAUCAGGCUCUGUGUAACGCUGCCGGGCAUGUAGGCCCUCUCCACGAAUGUGAUAUCUACCGCUCCAAAGAGGCAGGGAAACUUCUAGGGUCAGUACUGUACACCCUCAAACAAGUAGCAUUCUAUUACCAGGACAGCACUGUCAAUCUUUUAAUGUGAUAGAUGAUGUCGUUUGUUUGUAAAUUUGUUUGAAGUUAUCGUUCAGAUAUGUGGAAUGUUGUGUAGUAUAUAAAUUGUUGCAUCCGAAACAUAUUUGUUAGACUGUAGAAACAUAGGCAGUCUUUCUGAUAUACUUUUGGAAUGACUGUUUCAUCCAUUUCCUGUGUUUUGCAGUGACGUGAUGAAGCUGGGUUUUAGUAAGCCCUGGCCUGAAGCGAUGGCAUUGAUCACUGGAGAGCCUACCAUGUCCGCCAAGCCACUGGUACAGUACUUCAAACCUCUCACUGAUUGGCUGGAGGCAGAGAACAACAAAAAUGGCGAGGUCAGAGGCUGGCCUGAAUAUGACUGGAAACCACCAAGUAAGUUUGAUAGCCAGGCCCAGUGUUGGCGGGCUUAGGGGGCUGUGCCCACCCUACCGCACUACUUUGCCGAUCUAAAUAAAAUGGUUGAAUAAAAUUUGGCAUGACUGAUUUUUGGUUGUUGUUGCUAUAACAGUUAGGGUGGGUUGCACCAACAUGGAUUAA